AUGCAGAUAUUCGUAAAGACAUUAACUGGAAAGACGAUCACCCUUGAAGUGGAAUCGUCUGAUACCAUUGAGAAUGUGAAGACUAAAAUUCAGGACAAAGAAGGCAUUCCGCCUGACCAACAACGACUUAUUUUCGCAGGUAAGCAGUUGGAGGGUUGUCGAACACUGUCAGAUUAUAAUAUCCAGAAGGAGUCGACACUUCAUCUUGUGCUGAGAUUGCGUGGUGGUGGCAAGAAAAGGAAGAAGAAGGUUUAUACUACACCGAAGAAAAACAAGCACAAGAGGAAGAAGAUCAAACUUGCCGUCUUGAAAUACUAUAAGGUCGAUGAAAAUGGUAAAAUUACUCGUUUGCGAAAGGAGUGUGCUUCACCGUCAUGUGGUGGAGGCGUUUUCAUGGCUAGUCACCAAAAUCGAUAUUACUGUGGCAAAUGUCAUCAAACAUUGGUAAUGCAAGACCCGAAAGAAAAAACUGCUGGAAAAACUAAAUAA